AUGGCGGCGCCCCUUGCACAUUUCGAUGACGAGUGGCACGAUUUUAAGGAAUUUGAGCCGGUCUCAGAGCAGGGGACUCAGAUGGACCGAGUAAACUUGGUUGCCGAGCAGUUGACAGGCGUUCUGAGGGUCCUUCCAGAGCUCAACAACAGCUUUUCGGGAGAAAUAGGCGGCCUCAAGUCCAUGGAAGAUCUGGUGACUGAUUUCGACGAGAAAUUGGCAGUGUGUUUCCGAAAUGUCAACACCCAAACGGAGAACAUUGCCCCUGUAAACAUUAUCGCCGAGGACACAACGUUGAGGAACGAUGAGAUCUGGGAUGCUCUCGCAGAUAAUUAUGGUAAUGUCAUGGCAGUGGAUUGGAAACAGUCUCGAACGCGCUCCCUCCAUCUCCCCACUCUAAUCCUCAAAGACGAACCAAGGGUGGAUGAUGUAACACUGGAGCUGUCCGACGAUGAGCUGAGGGAACAGAUGGACAUGCACACCAUCAUCGUCUCCUGCCUCAAUGACAAACCCCUCUUACCCGCAGAACAGGUUAUUGAGGAGAUAGAGGAGAUGAUGCAGGACUCUCCUGACUUGGGGGCAGAGCAGAACCACCCCUCUCAGUCAGACCUCUCCAUGCUCUCUAUGGACAUCCAGCGCCCCAGAACAAACCACAGCUACGAAGAGCGAGAGAUGACCCUGUGUGUAGCAGAGCUGAAUGAGCGGCUGGAGGAGGUGGAGAUGGCCAUCAGACAUUACAGUGAGGAGCUGAUUCAACACCUGGCCCUCAGGGACGAGCUGGACUUUGAAAAAGAGGUGAAGAACAGCUUCAUCUCUAUCCUGAUAGAUGUGCAAAACAGACAGAAGGAACACAGGGAACUACUGAAGAAAAAGAAAAAACUCAAGAGUGGUACCGGGGCCCCGCAGGGCCGACCAGAGAGAACACAAGCACUAGGAUCACGCUUUAGCAUGGUGGGGCUCUCCUCUGCCAUUCAAAAUGGCUUCCAGCAAACUUUUGGGAGUGGUGGGAGUGAAAGACAGUAUCUGACCACAGUAAUUCCAUAUGAGAAGAAAGGAGGCCCUCCAUCGGUGGAAGAUCUUCAGAUCCUUACCCAAAUCCUGCAAGCUAUGAGAGACGACAGUGACAAGGUGCCCAGGCUUCUGACAGACUACAUUCUCAAAGUGCUUUGCCCAACAUAGACUGGAAGGACGAUAACGGACAUUUUGGAAACGAGGUGAGGGAUCUGGUUUCAAUGUCAACAAGCAAAAUGAAGAGGACUCACUCGGUGUAUAAAAAAUAAAAACAUAAGCACACUGAAUUGAUUCUUUCGGAUGCAUGGUAUUUUACCUUAAGUUGCUCCUUUUUGUGUAACACCCCAUAGAUGUUUUAUACCUCAUUCAGUUUUAUUUUCUCUGUGUUGCAACAUGGUGAUUUCACAAACCUUGUGUAUUUGACAACUUCAGGUAUUGUUUUAUUGUUUUUACUUUAAGUGCAGUGUAAAAUACAGUACUCAAAGUCACAAGAAAGAUACUCAUACAUUCUAGUGUUGCAUUUACUAUAUG